AAAGCGAGACUUGCUAGAAUUCGAGUGGCGAAGAGCGGGAGCGCUAAUGCUUAUAUGCAGCGCAAACACAAUGGCUUGCUGACCGAUACACCUGAGCAGGCCUCAAAAGAAGCAGGACAGGCCUUCCUUAAUAAAACCAACUUAUCGUUUGAAAAAGAGCAUCAUCACUUACUGCACUGCCUAGAGAAAACCACGAAUCAUGAGUUUGUAGAUGAAGAGACCUAUGAGAAGAACUGCAUGGAAGUCUCAUCGGUGAACCCGCCAGGCUCUCGCUGCUCGUCCAUCUCCUCUCAGCAUGGGCUCACCUCCACUUGCUGCUCUAGACGGAAGAAGAAGACCUUCCGCCUCCCCAGUUCCAACAUGUCAGGCAGCCAUGCGGAGAGCUUGCAGGAGCUCAGCACGAUACAGAUCCGGGAGAGACCACUGAUGUCUAACAGGUACUUCCUGAACAUAGAGUUGUCUGACCAUCACCCCCUAAUGAUCCAGGAUCAUCAACAGCAGCUUCAACAACAGGAACAGCAGCAGAUUCAGAGGCAGCAGAAACAGGGUCAGCCCCAGCCUGAACAUCCAUUCUGUGUGAUCACCUCUAUUGGUUAUUUUAUAAUAGUGCUAAAUGACCUCAUGCAGUCUGGAU